AUGGAGAAACAGGGUCCCGCCACGGAUGGUGAUACCCGGCAUCGUAAUCGUUGCACCCGUGCAAGAGCCCUAGCUUCGAGGCCACGGCCCGGCUCUGCCCAAGAUAUAUAUACCCUCCUAGUCGGUCUUGGCCUUGGACGUUCCCAAGACCUGAAACGAUUUUCCAAUGCGCUAGAGCAGCAUCUUGAACAAGUCAUCACGGCCAAAAUGAGCCACAAUAACAGCAACAGCAUCACCAACACCAACACCAGCAGCAACAUCCAGAAUGAUACGAGCAAUAUGAACAUCACGAGCCAGGACCAUACCACAUUCUCUGGAAUGCCCUCGAAGGAACAGGUCGAGGGUGUUGUCAGAGCCGUCUUCAAGGAAAGGAUCGUGAACAACAUGAACCAUGACUACGACCCGGAAUGGGUCGAAGAGAUUGUGGAUUUUUUACAGAAACGGAUCAACCUGAAGAAUGAGACGUCAGAUUCUUCCGCUUCAACAAGCCCCACGUCCACCUGUACAUCAAGCGCGGCAUCCACGCCGCAGUCGGAGUACGAGUCUUCGGAUUUCAUCUCGGCGAAGCCCUAUCAAGCUACAGUGGAAGAUGACACGUCCUCCCUGAAUGAAGAGCCUGUUCUUCCCAUCUUGGAUGAGAAGCCAGCUCCAAACAGCUCUCGCCGACGCCCGCCACAUCUAUCGGGCUCCAACGACAGAAGCGCAACGCCUGCUCCGGCGGUGGACGCAUCACCCAACAAGAACAGGAAACCUUUGCUCCUUUCCCGUCCCGAGAGUGUCGAAGCACCCCCUGCGGUUUCCAGAGCUCCAAGUCCAAGGCCCCGCCCAACGGUUCAUUUCUCGGACCGUCCUCUCCCAAAAUUGCACCAACAAGUCUCCAACAGAACCAAGACAAUGAUAAGGCCAGAUUCCGCUCAGCUCAUGUCUUUAGACGACCUCCAAUGGGGAAGGGUGUUCGAUGUCAACGCGGAGCCUACUGUGCGGCUUCGAAAUGUUUUGCUUGGCCUGGCAAAGUAUAUUAAUGAUGAGUUUGAGCCCCGUGGCUCUCCAGUCAUUACACCUGACAAGAUGUAUACAUUCUACCGCAAAUUCCGUGUGGACAAGGAGCUGUAUCCAUUUCAACGAAUCUUUGACACUUACUCGAGAAAAUCUCUUUACGCCCUCAGACGCCUCUUCAAAGAUCUUCAGUGCGAGUACUUCGCCGUCAAUUCGGGUAGCAGGGACGCGGACAGACCUUCGGUCGCGGCACUCUCGCCUAAAGGCUUUGUUGACUGGAUGGUCACCUUCAUGCAAGCGACACCUGACAUCGAGGCUCGACGACUAUCAAGAGUCGUGGCAACUCUUCCGAUAGCAGCUGCAGACGCGAACACGCUAGAUGGCAGACUUCAGCGGCUGCCGAAACAAUUGUCCCGCCACUUGUUUCCUUCCAGGCCGCAGGACAAGACGCGGCAGUGGGUAUCCAACGCAGUCAUGGACUGGGACCAAACCAUGAGCCAGGUAGAAUGGCUAUCCGUCUCGUGGACGACGGCAUUCUGUGACGCCCUCUGUCGCAGCCUGAGCCCUGCGUUCCGUGGUGACAGUGGUCGAGGUGACAGCCGGCGGAAGAGAUGUACUCGUACAGAACGGGCGUCCUACGUCGAGGUCCCGUCAUCCAAGCCCCAAAAUCGGUCCCCGCGGCAGCAAAAAAGCGAUGGCCGCGGUGAGCGACCGAUGAGGGAUGUCAUUCGGACCUAUGUCGAGGGCUCGUCCCCACCCAGGCAUCUCCGGGACGCCUCCCCCUCCAGACAACACUACGUGCGUGACCGCAGGUAUCGGCGCUCGGAACCCAAGGCGAAUCGUCAAAGACACGCUGCCGCGUCUCCGGCACAUGAAAGCUCAUGCGCAUCGUCCUUGCACUCCCGGAACACCGCCCAGGUCACAUCGCCACCGAGCCGAACGGCGGAACCCCUGAACCGGGUGGACAACUACGCGUUAUUUCAGGGGCGAAGCGAGAUGGGACCAGGGCCAACAUACGAGGAAUUUCUACGUGAGACGGGUGCUUGGUCCUCACGCCGAAUCGGCUGA